AUGUCAGCACAUCAAUAUAAAAGCACUCAAAUUUUUACUCCCACUAUUUUGUUCUGGACAUUCGUUACUAGUCAUCCUUCUUUAUUGACUCUUUUAUUAAAAAUCAAAUAUGCAUUAGUUGAAUCACAAUCGCAAUAUGAUUGUCCUACAAGUAUAGAUUCAGAUGAAACCCCGCAAAAACAUAUUGUUAUGCUUAAAUCAGAAAGUGCCAAAGAUCAACACUAUGAAAUGUUAAAUCAUUGUUUUAAUAAAAAGGUUGACAAUUCUCACACUUUACGAUCAGAUGAUCAUGAUAAUAUUAAUGAUGUUAGUUUUGAAGACUUCAUCGCCUAUAUUACAUAUUUACGCCCCAGCGAAGCUGCUGCAUUGACUGAACAACGUGAGGUGAAGCAUGUUGAACCAGAUACAGAAGCUUCUAUUAAUGCUCCUCCUAAGAAAUAUCUUCCAAAUUGUUCUAAAAGCGUAAUUAAACCCGUAUCUAAAACCGUAUGUAAAACCGCGACUGCUGCUCAUGAUAAUUGCCAUAGUUUCGCAACCCAAAGCCCUGCGCCAUUUAAUUUGGAUCGUAUUGACCAGCCAUCCCGUCCAUUAGAUGGGAAAUAUAUUUAUCCUAAGAAUAGGGGUUCCGGAGUAAAUGUUUAUAUUAUUGACACAGGUAUUAAAACAGAUCAUCUAGAAUUUGGAGGACGGGCAACAAAUAGUACUCCUCCUUUCUGCUCCGGUUGUACACAAAACGUGGAUGAUAAUGGUCAUGGAACUCAUGUCGCAGGAAUUGUUGGAGGAGUCACAUGGGGAGUAGCAAAACAUGUAUCUAUAAUUUCCAUUAAGGUUUUUGGCCCGAGUGGCUCUGGUUCAUUCUCUGAUGUCCUUGCAGAAUUAGCAUCUGUAGCAGCCCAACACUCGAGUUGCACUAACAAGAAUACUGUUGUAAAUUUGUCAUUAGAUGGUGGUUUCAGUCAAGCUAUUAAUGACGCAGUUCAAGCAUUGAUAACUAUGGGUAUCCACGUAUCUGUUGCUGCGGGAAAUUCUGCAGCAGAUGCUUGUAAUUUUUCUCCAGCAUCAGCACCUAAUGCUAUAACAGUUGGAGCUACUUCAGUCACUACAGAUUAUAUUACUAUUUUUUCAAAUUUUGGAAAUUGCCUUGAUAUCUUCGCACCAGGUAUGAAUAUCGAAUCAGCAGGAAUUGCGUCUGAUAAUGAUACGGCAGUAUUUUCAGGAACCAGCCAAGCAACCCCUCAUGUUACAGGAAUGAUAGCUUUGAUAAUUGCAACAAGUGGAAAUUUACCUCCAGAUCAAAUGAGUGCUGCUAUUAAUAAAUUAGCAACACCAAAUGUAGUUACUGGUAAUCUUCAGGGUUCUCCAAAUAAAUUUAUACGUGUUCCGUUCUGUACUCAAUCCAAAAAAGGUCCAAAAGAAACUCAUUUCCUAAAAGAUCCAAAAGAUAAAAAAGGUUAUCAUUAA